CGGCUGGUGUCGGUGUCACCGGAGAGAACAGCGACUGCAGGACAGGUAAACAUUGUGGCUUUUUCGACUUCAAUUGUUUCCAUGGCAACUCGGACGCAGCAGCUUGCCCAGGCCAAACCCAACCGACUCAGAUAUCCAGACCGUCGUUCUGUUUACUGGCUGGAUAAACUGCCACCAGAGAAGACAGGACCCACCACCGAAAUUGAGUUAACCCCUCGCUGGUCAGAGCUGUGUAGGAAUAAAAAGUUCUACGCUCAAGUCACUUACCCUUUCAUGUCCCCCCCUUACGCUCCUUGUUAUGUCACACUCUUCCUCUUGGCUUCAUUUCUUCUCCUCUGCUUCCCGCUACAACCUGGCUAUUGUUUCAUUCACGCAGACUGUCUCCCGUAUGGGAAGUGAGUGAAUGGGCUCUCAGGGCUGUUCCAUCUGAACGGCUGUGUAGACUGGCUCAGCCUCGGGCACCUGCAGUUGGCUGGCAGUCAGACCGCCCGCU